AUGGCGAAUUUCCUUAGUGAUACUUUCACCGAUGAGGACACUAGCGUUUCCAAACUGUGUAACAAUUGUUUCAAACGUUUAUUCGACGCCUGCGCCGCGAUGGCUGUUAUGGUAUCGUCGGUCAAGUUAUCAACGUACCCGUCGACCUUGAAACCAUGGUACAAUUCCUGCCACGGUCUCUCGGUGAUGACUUUGCCUUCAAGGAGGGGGCCCAACCGAGUCGGGGAGCCUUCGCACAGCGCGAAAAUCUCGAAGGAUAAGGCUUGCGACAGGGAUACCCUCGUGGCGGUGGCAGCGUCGCUGAGGAUCGUCGGGGUCUACGUGGUUGCACAGACCUCAAGUACGGUGCUGAAAACUUUCAGCAUCACUUUUCCAUUCCUGAGUCUGUUAUUCCAACUGUUGAACAUCGGACUGGUCGUCUUCGGGUUGGUUCAUAGCACCUUCCAGGGCUUCCUCUUGUCUCAACUGUCCCAGCUACUAUCGUCGGUAUGCGCUCUGAUCUGUUCAGUAACUCUUCUGUGCUCGGGUCGUCGCCUGAAUUGGAUACGUAUCCGAUCUAUAUCUCUAUUAGCGAGUCUUCCCGAUCGGGGAGAGUCUUGUUCGUUUGCUGUAGUAUCACUCAUCGUCGUGGGCUGGAUCUAUAUGUGCGCGCGUUUUGUGGCCUUGUGCUGGGUACUCAACAAUCAGAUACCUCGAGAGGCUUAUAAGAACGUGUACGGGGUGGAGGCGGCGCAUUCGUCGAGUCCACGGACGUUGCUCCUGCUGGUGGGACUUUAUUGGUAUCUGAACAAUCUCUUCACUAACGGGACGCUGGUCUUCGUUCCGAUUUACUACAUGGCGUUCUGUAUCGUAUUGUCUCAUUCCUUCAAUGUCCACUGCCGUAGGCUCAAAUCUAUGCAGAGGAGUCUCGCCAGAUUGAUGGUCGCCGAUGAUUUGGCGAACAUCCGAGCUUUCUACGAACGGGUUUGCGCGCUGGCGCUGGACGUCAAUCGCGCUUUCGGCAGAAUUGUAUUCGCCUGGUAUAUCAAGAUCGUGCUCAGUAUAUGCGUAGAUUUCACUCAAUUGUUCAGCGAUCACGAGCUGCUCGAUUCUGCAAGACAGGAGGAAACCUUUCUCUUCAGUCUGAGAGUUGUCUACUCGUUUCUGACAUUUCUCGGGACCUGCAUAGCGGCGGCGCAGGUGUCCGAAAACGCCCUGCGUCCUCUGCCAAUCCUGCACACAUUGACGCUGCGCUCAUCUCGUCUCGACAUGAACACCAAAAUGGAAGCCCAUUUCUUCUUAUCGAGACUCAGUGCCUCGCCCGUCGUGCUCACCGGCUGGGAUUUCUUCGUCAUAAGCCGCAGUUUCAUUCUGAGUGUAGCCGCUGCUCUGACAACAUACAUUGUGAUCAUGAUUCAAAUGAACCCUAAAGCGAUGCGGACGAUCAACCGUCUCGUUUCAACAGCUUUGAACUCGACGACAAAUUCGACAAGUGUUCCCAAUGAUUGA